AUGACGGACGGGAUCCUAGGGAAGGCAGCCACAAUGGAGAUCCCCAUCCAUGGGAAUGGCGAAGCUGGGCAGCUUCCUGAAGAUGAUGGGCUGGAGCAGGACCUCCAGCAGGUGAUGGUGUCAGGACCCAACCUCAAUGAAACCAGCGUUGUGUCUGGUGGCUAUGGGGGCUCUGGUGAUGGACUCAUCCCCACAGGGUCUGGCCGCCAUCCAUCUCACAGUGCCACUCCUGCUGGCCCCGGAGAUGAGGUGGCUCGGGGCAUCGCUGGAGAGAAGUUCGACAUCGUCAAGAAAUGGGGCAUCAACACAUAUAAGUGCACAAAGCAGCUGAUAUCAGAGCGAUUUGGCCGAGGCUCUCGGACUGUGGACCUGGAGCUGGAGCUGCAGAUUGAGUUGCUGCGUGAGACGAAGCGCAAGUAUGAGAGUGUCCUGCAGCUGGGCCGGGCGCUGACAGCCCACCUCUACAGCCUGCUGCAGACCCAGCAUGCACUAGGUGACGCCUUUGCUGACCUCAGCCAGAAGUCCCCAGAGCUUCAGGAGGAAUUUGGCUACAACGCAGAGACGCAGAAGCUGCUGUGCAAGAAUGGAGAGACACUGCUAGGGGCUGUGAACUUCUUCGUCUCUAGCAUCAACACGUUGGUCACCAAGACCAUGGAAGACACACUCAUGACUGUCAAACAGUAUGAGGCUGCCAGGCUGGAGUAUGAUGCCUACCGCACAGACUUAGAGGAGCUGAGCCUAGGCCCUCGGGAUGCAGGGACGCGUGGUCGACUUGAGACUGCCCAGGCCACUUUCCAGGCCCAUCGGGACAAAUAUGAGAAGCUGCGGGGAGAUGUGGCCAUCAAGCUCAAGUUCCUGGAAGAAAACAAGAUCAAGGUGAUGCACAAGCAGCUGCUGCUCUUCCACAACGCCGUGUCCGCCUACUUUGCUGGGAACCAGAAACAACUGGAGCAGACCCUGCAGCAGUUCAACAUCAAGCUGAGGCCUCCGGGAGCUGAGAAGCCCUCCUGGCUAGAGGAGCAGUGA